AACCCUAAUUAUCUAGGGUUCUUAUCCAUCGCAACUGCCUUCUUGCUUUGUUACAUCUGAUUGAAUCUCUUAAGAAUCAAUCAAAAAAUUUCAACAAUCACUACUUUCAAGUGUGCUGUAGAAAUGGAAGCAAACGUUCUGCAAAUGAUUUCUCUCCUACCUCACACUUUUUCCCUCUUCUCGACGAGGAGCCAAUUAGCAUCUGUAACACUCCCUCAUAGUAAGGCCAAUUCACGUUCUAGCACAGUUGUACUCAGGUGCAAGAAAUUAGAAGAUCGAGACCUUGAAGGGCUCCCUAAAGAAUUCUAUGACGAUGAAUGGCAAGCGCGGCAAAGAGAGAAGACAAAGGAAUUUCAUAAAAAGCGUCAAGAGGAAGACGACGAGGAGGAAAGGAAGGUGGAUGAAUUUCGUGAAAUCGCUAUGCGUUUGAAAGACUAUCCAGAAGAAGAUGUUCGAAACGCAAGGCUAUUGGUUGCAAGCUUCAUUAGAGCUGCUGAAGAAGUGGAAGAGAAAAUUGAGGAAGCUGCUGAAAAGGGAGAACUUAAUGAACUCAUUCUAAUGGUCAUAUGGAACCGCCUUGAUCUUGCUCGACGUGAUGAUGAGAAAGAUGCAAUCAGAAGCCUUGAUCUCUUAUAUAGACGAGUUGAGACAGAGAUUUUGAAACGGGAAGCUUCCACGAGUAUGAGAUUGUUGAAUGAUCUUCUCAAUAUGCAUGAUGGAUUUGAUGAUGAAGGCUGGCUGAAGGAUUGUAGAAAAAGUAUGAUUGAAACCUUUCCUCGGGAGGACCCAUUCAGCAUUCUCGUUCCAGCAGGCUUUGACAUUGAUCAGCACAAAGGGCCAAUGAGACCAACGGCAGAAAUGGACAAUAUACUCCUUAGGGCAGAUUUUAUAAGGGAGGUAAACGAGUUGCUUCAAGAAGUGCGGUUAGAGGAAACCGAAAGAGGUGAGGUUGGGAGAGGAGGGAUGGAUGCAGAAUCUGUUGCUAACAGGAUGAAGCAACAAGAGAAACAGAGAACUAUUAGACAGGUAGAAGCUCUUUUAGAUCUUGCAGUCAACUUGAAAUGGUAGUUGAUAUAUGCUAAAUUUUAUAACAUUUGAUUACCUAAAAAUUGAACAAGUUCUAUAAAUAUAUUCAAGACGAUAAUGAU